UCCGCCCCUGGGUUCUACGUCGUUGCCACAGCAGCAGCUGCUACUAUCUGCAGCAGACGGAGGAGGACGAAAAGGGCUCUUACUUGUUUGAACCUCUUCAGAGUAUCUUUUCUUUACUUAAGCUUUCCUUUUUAAAUCAUUGGCUUUGAAGUCCGUGGACUGACAUCAGUCAUGCUUCUUAAAACGGAGUUAUGGAAAUGUUUUCGUCGUGGAAAAGAGAGGGAGCUCUGAGUCUUGCAGUCCACUGUUUUCUGUAGCUCACUCACCGCCUCAUAGCGAUACAGUGGCUGGAGGGGGUUUGUGUUUUUGAGCCUUGCCGGAUAUUAAAGUCAGAAACCGACUGGAAAACUACCCAUUUUCAUCCUAUUUGGAAAGGAGAAGAGCUGUAGUUUUAUUUGUACCACUAGCUUGUUUUUGGGGACACAAAAAAAUGGAGGCUGUAAUAGAAAAAGAGUGCAGUGCCCUCGGAGGACUCUUUCAAACCAUUAUCGCUGACAUGAAGAGCAGUUAUCCAGUCUGGGAAGACUUCGUCAGCAAAGCAGGAAAAUUGCAGUCUCAGCUCAGGACGACGGUGGUGGCGGUGGCUACUUUCCUGGACGCCUUUCAGAAAGUGGCCGACCUGGCCACAAGCACGCGAGGUGGCACCAGAGAUAUUGGCUCCGCUCUUACCAGGAUGUGUAUGAGGCACAGAAGCAUCGAGGCCAAGCUGCGGCAGUUUUCAAUGGCGUUCAUCGAUUGCCUGAUCAAUCCUCUGCAGGAGCAGCUGGAGGACUGGAAGAGAGGAGCCAACACCCUGGACAAGGACCAUGCGAAAGAAUAUAAGAGGGCCAGACAAGAGAUCAAGAAGAAAUCUUCAGACACCCUGAAGCUGCAGAAGAAAGCAAAGAAAGGGAGAGGGGACAUCCAGCCACAGUUGGACAGCGCCGUCCAAGAUGUGAACGAUAAAUACCUGCUGUUGGAGGAAACUGAAAAGCAGGCAGUGCGGAAGGCGCUGAUCGAGGAGAGAGCACGCUUCUGUACCUUUGUAGCUAUGCUCCGGCCUGUGGUGGAUGAAGAGAUGUCCAUGUUGGGAGAGAUCAUCCAUCUGCAGACCAUUGCUGAUGACCUCAAAGCUCUGACCAUGGACCCCCACAAACUGCCCCCUGCAAGUGAACAGGUCAUACACGACCUGAAGGGUUCGGAUUACAGCUGGUCUUACCAAACCCCUCCUUCCUCUCCAAGCACCACUAUGUCCAGGAAGUCCAGUAUGUGCAGCAGUCUGAACAGUGUGAACAGUAGUGACUCGCGUUCCAGUGGCUCGCACUCUCACUCCCCUUCCCCACACUAUCGCUACCGCAGCUCCACUCUGCCGCAGCAGGCCCCUGUCCGUCUCGCCAGCGUCUCCUCCCAUGACUCGGGCUUCGUCUCACACGACGCCUUCCAGUCCAAGUCGCCUUCGCCCAUGCCCUCUGACUCCGCCCCACAGACCACCUCCAGCUCUGGCUCAUCGGAUGCCUCCGAGACGUGUCAAUCGGUCAGCGAGUGCAGCUCUCCUACUUCCCUCGGCUCAGCCGGGGCCUCCGCCUCCACUGAAAAGUUGUCCAAUGGCUACGAUCACUAUGGGCUUGGAGAGUCCACGUACCUGUCCGGUGGGGUCUCCGGAGGGGCCUUCCCCUUCCUCCCCCCUCCUUCCUCUUCCAUCUCCUCAUCUUCCUCCUCCUCCUCAUCCACGCUGAGGUCAUGGUCAAGGCCAGGCUCUGGCCUCCUGCCCGAUUACCCCCAUUACUGCACGCUGGGUCCCGGCAUGCUCCCCCCAUCCUCCAAGAUCCCCAGUUGGAAGGACUGGGCUAAGCCAGGACCAUAUGAUCAGCCCAUGGUGAACACACUGAGAAAGAAAAAGGAGCCAAAGGAGGCCGCGGAUUCAAACGCCUCUCUCCAGCCGAGCCCAGGCUCCGCUCUCCCCGAGGACAGCCAGAAGGCCAGGAGCAUGGGUCCCCCACCAAAGGAGGAGGAUAUGGAGGCUCGUGAGGAAUUGGCUCUGGCCCUGUCUCGUGGACUGCAGCUGGACACUCAGCGGUCCAGCAGGGACUCUCUCCAGUGCUCCAGUGGCUACAGCACACAGACCACCACACCCUGCUGCUCUGAGGACACCAUCCCUUCUCAGGUGUCUGACUACGACUACUUUUCCGUGAGCGGCGACCACGAGGCAGAUCAGCAGGAUUUUGACAAAUCAUCCACCAUCCCACGCAACAGUGACAUCAGCCAGUCUUACCGCAAGCUCUUCCAGGCCAAACGCCCGGCCUCCACUGCCGGCCUCCCAUCUACACCAGGACCGGUCAUAGUCACACCCGGGGUGGCCACCAUCCGCAGGACCCCUUCCUCCAAACCCUCAGUCCGCAGAGCCACAGGUGGCGCUGGCCCCAUCCCCAUCAAAACACCUGUGAUUCCAGUCGUGACCCCUACUGUGCCUGAUUUUCCAGGGGGCUUUUCGCUUCCUAGUAAUGAGGAGGUGGAGGAGUUGGCCAGCCCGGGCUCCCCCACGCUAGGCGAGGACGGGGAACAGGAGGGCAUUCUGCCUGUGGCUUCCUGGAGUGGUCAAGCCUCUACUAACCCUCCUCUGCCUCCUGGGCAGCAGCUCACGGCUGCAGGGAUGGAAGGGCCAGAGGGAGCACUAGAUGAUCUGGACCUGGAGGAACAGCAGGGAGACACCAUGCUUCUGGCUAUACGGCGUGGAGUUAAACUGAAAAAGACCAUGACCAACGACCGCUCUGCACCACGCAUUGCAUAAGAGGAUGAGUUAUUAAGACUUUGUUAAGGUUUAUUAAGAUUUAUUAUGACGUUAUUAAGCCAUCUAAGGGGGAUAGAGGGUUUCACCUGCACCGGUGGCCUGUAAACACGUGUUUAUUCCAGUGGAGAGACUUUGACUCCUGAUUGGACUGUGCAAAGUGCUGGAUGGAUAAAGAUACAGAAGAGAGGAUUAGACCUCUCCUGGUUUUGUACCCUGUGUAGAAUUCAGUAACUGUUGCCUCCUUGUACUUUCUUUCUCUUUCUUCAAACUUUGCUCUUCUAUCGUGCCAAAUUCUGCUUUGUUGUAUAUUACCUUGAGGCUGAACUAUGGACGUAACCUGAAGUAAUAUAGUACCCAUAAGAGAGUUUAAUCCAUUAUAGUUUAAUCAUUUUUGCAAGGUUAGUUUAUUUUAUUUUGAGAGACAUAUGAAGCAUGGGGUGAGUGCUGGGCAGCAGCCAAAGUGCAGUCCGUCUUCAUUAUUCUUAGAUUUCAAAAAAGUACUCUGUGGCUGGACCCCUGCAAUCACACUGUAAAUCUUCAUAACUUUUCCUAUAUAUUCUCUUCAAAUCUGUCUUCAUUAGCUUAAGAUUUCAUAACAGUACUCCGUGGCUGGUCCCCUGCUAUCACACUGUAAAUCUCCAUAACUCAAAUCUGGCAUCUGUCUUGAUUAAUUGAUACAUGAGUCUAGGAAGAGAGCAAGUAUUUGGCCAAGGAGCAAAGAGGCCUAAAGAGAUAUAAAAGUUAAAGAAGAGAGUGUCAAAGCCGGCUUUAUUUUCUUAUAUCGCAAGUGUUUUACUUAAAAGAAAGUGUUUGUUUUAAUGUUUAUGUGCAAAAUAUUUCACAAAUGCAUGUCGCCUUCGCCACUGACAACUCAGCUGCUUAAAUCUCGUGACACUGUCUAUCUCCUAAUAAGCUAAACUCAUAACAGAUGUUUUAAACACACAGAUUUCUUUUACACUUUGUAACCUUUAUUAAUGCAUUCAGUGAAGUCUCUGCUUCAAAAUAGUUUACUUUUAAGCACUAGCUGAGGGCAAAAGUAAAAGUACUUUUAUUGUUUGUACAGAAGUGUAUAUAAUGACGGGGUAAGCAGCGACCCACAGACUUUUAAUUUAUUCAUCUGCUCAGCCCUCUGUUUUAAUCUGUCCCAAUAGUUCUAGUUCAUCCCCAUAUGUAUGCUGUGAAGUAUGUUGUAUAUCAUGUUAGUACACUCUAGAAAAGCACACAGACACACACACUUUGACCCACUGUCUGACUGUUCUCUCAUUCUUAGGGCAUACUGUUGUCGGUGGUGCAAUACAGAAACAGUUCAGAGGCAGCGACAAGCUUAAAGCCUACAGAAAGUGCAGUAGUGCAUGGACAAGGUAACCCAACUAGUGCAGACACUUGGCAUAACAAAGCUGUACAGCUGUACACAGCUGAGAGCUCCCACUGUGCUGCUCACUGGUCUCUAGCAUCUCUGUUCAUGCACUCUUAGUCUGCAUGUCACCAAACCACUGAGAUCAUAAGGUAUAAUGGAAAUUUGAUUUCUUUUAAAGAACAGAUGAUCUGAAGCUCAGUGCACAGUUGUCACUCACCUGGUAUCCAUGGAAACAAGCACAUCAGUGGGGAAACGUGUGUGGCGUGUCCUCGUCCUCUUUCAUUUCAAACGUCUGUACCUCUCAGUUCACCCUUAACACUGGGUGUUUAGUAUUUAGUUUUUGUUUUUGGAUGUUGGGUUUAUUUAUGUGCACAUCUAAUACAUUCUCCAUUAGCAUUAUGCAGCUAAACGACUGUUGUGAAAAAUUGUCUUCUGUGAGUUAUGUAAUGCAUCUCUUUUGCUAAUUAUUUAAAAAAUUGGUGCUGUUUUUUGUUCUGUUUUCUGUUCUCCAGGCUCUCUCUAAUGGCCUGGUGAAGCUUAUAUUAGACAUACAGUACUGUGCAAAAGUCACUUGAGAAAAUUAUUUUUAAAAAGCCAUUUUUCUGGCUAGGAAGUGUUUUUUGCUCACAACAACACUAACAUUAGAAUAAACACAAAUGAUAUUAACACGACAAGUAAUGAUUUGUAUCUGUGUCAGUUUGUAAGCCUAACCAUUUCCAUACCUCUUCUUGAGGGAGCCCAUUAUUUUUUUGCUGUUAUCCAAUAACAGCUGUCCAAUACCUAGUUUGGGUAAUCAGUUCUAAUCAGGUAUGCAUGUGAUGGAACAAAGUUUGGUUCCUCUAACAAGCUCAAAAGAUAUCAAAGAAGUUUUUGCAAACAUGAAAUCUACUGCAUUCCUGCUUAUUUGCAUUUAUUUGCAUCUAAUUAUCUAAUUACAUGGUGUUUUUCAAGCAAAAAUGCAGUUCAUGUCCACAUAAAUGGUUUUAAAUAGGUUGGUUAGGUACCUGAGACUUUUGCACAGUGCUGUAUAUGGAUCCACUGGAAAGAGGAAAGAAAAGUCAGUCUGGUGCUAAAAUUGCAGUUACUAAACACCACAAAAUGAAAGAUAUCGACUUGAUAUAGGACUUGAUCUGCCAUUUACACAUUGCAGCUGCUGGUUGUUUAGCAGCAGUAAGCCUGUUAAUUCCCACUUUCAGAUUAAAGUUAUGAUCAGUAGGUUUUAGAGCUAAAAACUUUGCAAUGUUGAACUAAAAAGUUCAUUUUCAGGGGAAGAGCCGAGAGUCAAAAUCAGCAAAAUGAAUAAUAACGGCCUAGAGCUGGUUUAAUGAGAACAGAUUAAAGAUUUCUAAAAGAUGUGCAUAUUUCUCCAAACUGUUAUAAAAAAAAAAUAGAAAACGUGUCUUCCUGAAUUACCCAUUUAAAACAUUCUGACUGCAAUUGCAAACGUUUGUCACUUUAUUGGCAUAACAGUAGCACUCUGAGCAUUGUAGUAGUGCUUAGUACUGGCAGUGUGGGCAUUUUUCCAAGACUGAGAUUACAGGGUCCACUUCACUCCUCCAUGGACCAAUCCAUGAAACUUCAUCAGAAAACAGGCGUGCGAUAUUAUGAAAUAAAUUCUUUACAGCUUAGCGGAUGCUUAUAUGCAAAUGAUGCUAUAAGCCUGUAUGUAAGUAAAGAACUGUUUGAUAUUGUCUGUGUAUAGACAGUUGUAUUGCUGUGUACAGCUAGAUAAAGUCCUUCUUAAGCUGCCAAAUUGCUAGUGCCCCCUUCUUUAUAUUGCAAAGGAUGGCGUAGAUCAUCCAGAACUUUGUUUGAAAUAUAGGUUAAGUAGUUUAUACUAAGAGGUGGCCUCUUUCCCUGUGCUAUUACACCAACUUCUGUAUUGUUUUCCAUUAUAAUGAUUGCUUCAGCGUACAUUAAAGAGAAAUCACAUUUACCA